UCACCCCCAGGCACACAAAGUAACCAGAGCAGCCAUGAUGACUUAUAAAAAGAGAUAAUGGAACUGCUCCUUUGUUUUAAAUAGGUGGUAGCUGUGUAUAGAUCCCUCCUCCUGUAUCCCAACCAGCAGCUCCCUACAGAAAUCUGUCUGCAGAAAGCCAGAGCUGUUGGGAUUCAGUGUAAGAUAUAGUGCCAUUUUUGGCAGGUAGGAUGUAAAAUGGUACAAGUUCCUUCCCUGAGCAAAAAAAAAAAAAAAAAAAAAACACCAUUCAUGGUGUGAGAGCACUGAAGAAGCAAGGCAGUGGUGUGCUGGCUCUCCCCAGCAACUCUCCUCACUCGGGAGGUGCGGGGCUCCUCUCCCCUGCUGUGGCUGCAGCACUGGCUGUGUCCCUGCCUCCAUCAGGGGCCACACCAGGGGCCUGUCCUGCUCACAGUCGGCUCCCUAUUUUGCUAUAAAUCAUAACGUUUACCCCAGGGUACCACUUGGGGUUACUGGAGCUGUCUGUGGGUUUGGCCUGGGGCCAGCCCACAGUUUUCCCACAUCCCAUCCUUAGAAAUGAGACAGAGGCUCUGGGAGAACUAUAGUAUUUGUGUAUGAAGAUCUCACUUCCAUUGCAGGGGUAAAAACACUACAGACCGUGGUCACCUGAGCACAAAGCAGCAACUGACGGUCAUCAGGCAGCAGCCCUCCUCCAGGUUUUCUGUUUGCUUUCCAAACAACUCAACAGCCCCACUUUAGGAGAACAGGGAACAUUGCUCACCAGCAGAGCACAGCCUUGGGGGUCAGCAAUCAGCUAUCAGAGAACAACCAAACUCUGCUUCCAGCCAGGUGCUUCUCCAGCACCCGGACCCAGAAUGGUUUCUUAGCGGUGGGCAGUGUGGGAUGAACCCCUGGGAAAGGCUCCACGGCAAUCAAUACCUUUCUUCAAAUAUUUGCCUUUGGGUAACCCGCUGACCCCUGGCAGACAUCCCCGGCACCCCAUGGUCUGCAUCACCCAAAUCAUUGGCCCACCCAACCCCGACACCUCCCGUUCCCAGCCCAGGCAGCGCAGGGAUUCUCCACCACCUGCAGCCGUCCGUCUCCGAGCCGUGCACCUCCACCUUCACCUCCCCGCCAGCCUCGUGCGGCUCACAAAGGACACAGAGCCCCAUUCUCACAGCGCACGAACACCCACCGCCCCUCUCCUACAGCGCAGGGGGGAGGUGCGGGACAGACCCCACCCCCGAGGCCACGCUCGACUCAAAGCCCGGGGACCACCCCCACUCCCACCCGAGGCCGCCUCCAUCCGUGUCCCCGCCCCUCCCCGAUCUGUCCCGCCGGAGCUGCGGGCACUUCGGAGCGGGGGGAGCGACGGCCCGGCCAUGGCCCCGCAGCAGCCCAGCGCCGGGCAGUACCUGCGCUCCGACAGCGGCGGCUCGGCCACCCGCAUGCUGGGAGACGGCCCGGGCGCCGAUUCCGGGGGGUUGCGGGAGCGGCGGCGGCGGUGCGGGCCGCUCUGGGGCAGCGUGGCCAUCAUGGCCAUCCUCGCCCUGCAGAUCGCCUCCACCACCGGGCUCUUUGUCUACUUCACCAUGGCCAUCUCCAAGCUCAAAGCUCAGUCGCAGGGCAGCUCGGAGGAACUGAGGUGUCUGCAGCUUAUCAAUCAGCAGCAGGAAGGCUCCAACUUGGAAGAGCUGAUCAGCAACCAGUCUUGCCUCAAGUUGGCCAACACCAUCAAAGCCUACAUGGCCACGGUGACAGAGAACGUUAUCAGCAGAAGCGUGGUGAAUGAGGCCCAGAGGAACUACUUCAACAGCUCAGAGGGGCAGGUUGCUACCAAAACACUCGGCAAACCUUCAGCACAUCUCACCCUCCGCCCACAGAGCCCAGCCCAGGACGGAAGCUCCAGGGGCUUCGGGAACCUCUCGCAGUCCUGCCGCCACGCCAUCACUCGCUGGGAGGACAGCACCAUCCACUCACACCUGCAGAACAUCACGUACAGGGAUGGCCGGCUGCGGGUCAACCAGGCAGGCAAGUACUACGUCUACUCCCAGAUCUACUUCCGCUACUCCCGUGAUGGGGCCGGCGCCCGUGUCUCAGUGCCACAGCUCGUGCAGUGCAUCAACUGGAAGACCUCCUACAGCCAGCCCAUCCUUCUGCUCAAAGGGGUGGGCACCAAAUGCUGGGCACCCGAGGCAGAAUACGGCCUCCACGCUCUCUACCAGGGGGGACUGUUUGAGCUCAAGGCCGGUGAUGAGCUCUUCGUCUCCGUCUCCUCACUGGCCAUUGACUACAAUGAUGCAGCAGCCAGCUAUUUUGGGGCCUUCCGGCUCGACCUGUGACAGCCACCUUCCCUCUGCUCUUGCUGGAUUGACUCUUCUGCGUGGCUGAAACAAUUUGAGCUGCCAUUGUGUGCAGCUCCCCUCAUGCUGUUGCCUUCCUCUGUGCGGGACAGCAGCCAAAUGGCCAGCGGUCCAGCUGGGCCUGGCAUAGUGUUAUUCCCUGCAUCUGCUGUGCCUGGUGGGAGUCAGCUGGAGCUGGGCGAGAUGGCAGAGGGAACACAGAGCAGAACACACUUCUACCAAGUCACACCACCAGGUGCCUUGUAACCACUUGCUGUGCAUCCGUGUGCCCCCACGCCAGCAAGGCAGAAGCACAGAGGCCACUACUUCAGACUAACCCUUCUCAUGGCAGGACCACCCCCCUGCAAGUCUGAAUCCAGAUUUGGCAGGCAGCAAAUCAUAGCCAACCAUGCUGCCAAGCUCCCGGAUCUUGAGCUGGAGGUGCUGGGGCAGAAGUCAAGGUUAGCAAAUAGCAGUGGUAUGAGGAGCAUGGCUGCAGGGCUGCCCACCACCCCACAGCCAAACAGCCUGCAGGCACAGGACAGAUCCAACACCAGCUUCCAGGAAAUAGUCAAGGAGUUUCAGUUCAGUUCAGUUAGAAACCUGGGUCUGUGCCAGAAUUCAGCUUCUGAGGAGGCAAAGAACAGGGCCAUAAUGCUACAAUAAUUACCAGCACAAGCAGCUGCACCCAAGCACGUGGCAGAGAUGCACUCCUUGCCCAGGUUAGACGUAGCAUCAACAGAGUCCAGCAUGUGGCACAUCCAAAGCAUCAUCUUCUCCCUGGGAAGCUGCAGACCUGCAAAAUUGGCACCUUGGUUCUUAGCAGGCUGGAACAAACAGCAGUACAUACAGCACUCCAGGUGCUUCUCUGUGGCCCACACAAACCCCUAACGGCGAGGAAGGGACACUGAACUAUGGCACCAGCUGUGCACAGGCUGCAACGUGGUCCUCAGCAACUUUUCAUGAGCCUCAUGUGACAGCAAUGACCGUGCAGAAAAGGGGUGCCCCAGCCCCUUGGUGGCUGAGCAGGGCCAGCAUCCGCAUGCUGGGGACAAGUUGGGCCAUCUUGUGGGGCACCUCACGUGCACAGGACCACCAAGACGAGGAGUUUGACAUCUCGCCUCCCUCUGCUUCUAACGUAGCAUCCCUUUCUUUGGGAUUUUGUUUCUCCCAGCACUGUUUGGCAGCAGAGCCGCUCUUUGCUCACAUCAGUUGUCACCCUCCAGGAUUGCUGCCCAGGCCACACUUCAGCUCAGGCAGUAGUGGCACAGGACCCAGGACAAAACCAAACCCCUGUUACUAAAUCUCCAGGACACAUCAGACACAAAAGACAGGUUCAAGCAGAGCAGAGCAUGAUAAAGCUGGCUGGGCCCAUGGACACUGUGUGGACAUAGACCACUUUGGUAAUAACUUGUAUACUCUGUAUAUUAUGAACGUUGAUGUACAAGGACAGGCCAGCAGCACAAGCUGCCACAAAGGACACAAACACCCCUCCUGCCAGCACAGUUCUGGGGCGUCUCAGUGCUGCUUUCAAAUAAAUCCUGUACUCCA